AUGUUCAAGCUCCUCAAGGACCUGACCCGCCCGCCCGAACCGCUGGGCGGGCGCAGCCGCUCUGCGAGCCUCAGUACUGGGGUCACGGCACCUGCACCUACGCCCGCCCCGGCCCCGCCACCGCCAGAGCCAGAGGUGGACGAGCAAGAGACAGACGUGGACGCGCGCACCGUCAUCUCCCUAGUGGACGGUCUGCCUGAUGUGCACGGCACGAUGGCGUAUGUUGAGACAUUUUCCCAUCUGCUCACGCUGCCAUCGAAACCGGCGACGCGCGCCGCCUUCCGCCGGCAUGAGGGGUUCGCGCGCCUCUUCGCCGCACUCCAUGGGCUUGGGUGGGCAAGGCGGCCUGACGCAAUAAGCCAAGACGAGUGGACCGUGUUCGAAGUGCAGCGAGCAGAGGGGCUACGGCUGUGGUUCGAGGCUCUGGCUUGGGGGAUGGGGGAUCGGGCUGGCGAGCGCGCCUUCGAUGCCCUCGGAGGCUACAUGGCCCUCCUACCGCUCCUGCGUAAGCUCUCGUCAGACGACGCCGACACGGCCGACGCCGAGGUGCUCGGUAUCCUCCUCUCUCACCUCCUCGGGAACAACUACACUCUGCGCUCCCUGUUUACUGGGCCAAAAGUCGACGCCGAUGCUGUUCUCAAGGACGCUCAUCUGCGCUGGGCACAGGGCCUGCCAUUGUUGUGGGCGUAUAUCUGGGGCCUCGAGAAGGGAGAUCUGGAGCGCGAGGCGCUGUACGACGGCGCGCGAGAGGCCACAGCAACACCAGCCGUCUGGCUCACACUAUGCGUCAUUCGUGCCCUAGCUGCCGACCGCACCAAUCUCCUCCUCAUCCGCGCCAACCUCCCGGCUCUCCCCGAGUUCCUAGUCACUCGCAUAUACGGGUAUGAGCCCGAGCGGCACUUUGACGUCACCUUUCCACCGCGCGACGAGUGGUUCCAGAACGUGCAGGCCGAGCCGGUUGCUCCGGCCCGCGAGUGGUUUGCCCCGUCUGCUGAGGGUCGGGCUUUAUAUCUCAGCCUUCUGCAGCGCGUGGUGACAGGCGGCAUGGACACUCAGAUCACAUGGCGCCUGUUCCAACUCGUGCGGAAGGCGCCGCCCAAGCCGCCCAGGAUCGAGCCGGACAGCAUUGCGUCCAGCGGAGCUGCUACACCGAUCGCACGUCCCGCCAGUCCUGGUGCCGAAUUCGUCACCCCUGCCUCGACGCCUGGGCCAGAUACGCCGCGGUCGCAGAAGAAGAGGCCGACGUUGAAAAUCAAGCUCUCGCCACCUCUGCACGAGAGCCUCGACACCGAGGUGCUGGACCUCGUCCGCCGCGCCAUGCGCUCUCACAACCCACAUGCGUUCAUCUUCCGCUCCGCCCCUGGGGUAGAGGACGGGAGCCUCGACCUGAGCGAGCUGGACCGGCCCUUCCCGCCAGCCGCGAAGGGGUUCGUCUUCGCGGCAUGGGUCAACAUCUCGCGCCUGACAGAGGGCAUCACACUCCUCCACCUCUCGCAGGAGGGACGCAAACACCCGCUUUUGGCGGUGCGGGUUCUGGAGAACUCGCAGAUCUCGAUCACGACGACCGCGUGGAGCGACAAGGAUGACGAGGUUGAGGAGGUCAUCUGUGGUGCGGCGGACGCUCUCAUUCCUCACCGCGAGUGGGUACACUUCUGCGUCGGGUGUCGGAAGGGCAGAGCUGCCGGCGAAGCACGUAUUUUCAUCAAUGGGCGCCGUGUCGGCGUCAUGCACGUAACCUACCCCAUCCCACGCCCAGGCGCGAAGGAGGGCGUGCGCGUGAGCGUCGGGCGCGCUCCACCCGAACCCGAUUCCAAGCCUACGCUAGGCCACGGCGAGGGUAACGAGUGGUCGCUGGGCCGUACGCUCCUCCUCGAAGAGGUUGUGGCUGAGGACAUCGUGUUGCUGAUGCACCACCUCGGCCCACGAUACGCGGGAAAUAUGCAGGAGGCGGCAGGUAAGUUCCUGACAUACGAAGAUGCAACCGCAAUCAAUAUCAACCUCCACGCCCUCGCGGCAGGCCAAAAAGCCGCACUCCUCCCAGCCAACAGCCAGCUCGUGCGGGCCAUAUCCUCGGGCCCAGCGAUCCCAGAAGAUAAUAUCAUGCUCUCGUUGUCAGCGGCCGACGUCCUCCCGUCCCAGUCAGGGGAAGAAGAAGGCGUCUUGAAUGGGGCCGUACCGCACAUCUCGCGAGCGCGCGACUUCACAUACGCAAGAGCGCACCUCGUCGGCUCCAUCUUCCCCUACGCCAUGAGUGACAUGGACGUGGUCGCCGGGUCUGCUGGCGGCGGUGUUUUGGUUCUCAAGUUGGUCGAUUUGGCAUCUACUCCCGACGAGCUGCGCACCACGCUUGGAGUACUCUGGGAUAUGUUGCGGUAUUCGUGGGCGGCGAGCGAGGAGAUGGAGCGCAUACGCGGAUACGACCUGCUCGCUGCUAUACUCCGGCCUAAGAUGGGGGCGCUGGUUGAUACGCAGUGUGCGGAGGGCAUUCUGGCGUUCCUUGGGAUUGAUAUCAAUGACCCGAGCUCCGCACGCGUCCAGUGUUCGGCAGGAUAUAAAGCCCUCGGACUCGACCUCGAGCUGUGGGCACACGCGCAGCUGCCAACCCUCACGCUCUACCUACAGCACUUCCAGGCGCUCCUCGCGGAGUCGCAGUACCGUCGCUUCAACCAAUUACGUACAUUCCAAAAGUCCAACGUCGUCCGCAAGCUUCUCUAUGCGCUGCGCUCAGGACACUAUACCCACGCUGCCGUCCCGCUUGCUGUCAACACUCUCCGCCUCGUGCUUACGAGCCGCUGGUCCGCCGAGGACGGCAUCAAGCCCGUGUUCUCGUACCUCGUCUCGGCGCUGUGUCAGCUCCCCUCUUCGACCUACAUCGUGCCCACGGAGCCCACGUCGGCCCAGUACCCCGCGGCACUCAUCCUCACCAUGCUCGCGGACGUUCUCAAGAACGCCAAGCGUCUGACCAAGCUCAACAAGGCCAUUUCGCUCCACCGCCUUCUCGUAAUCUUCCUGCAAUCCAACCCGACACCGUUCGUCGUCGUGCCCUGCACCGACAUCCUAGCACUGUGCCUCUCGACGCCAAGCCACGACUCGUUCCAGCGCCACUUCGAGGCCGAGGGCGGUUUCGUCCUCCUCGCCAAGACUCUUGCACCGAUCUGGAACGCGCACAUCCAGGAUACGGUCUUCGGCAUGCUCUUCGGUCCGACAGGAACGGCAGGGGCAAGCCUCGCCUGCCCGCCUGUCAUUGCGAGCGUGUUGGCCGCACUCGACGCUCUCCUCCACUCCGCGAGUGGUGGGAGUGGGGUUGCUGACAUGGCAAGCAGCGUCGGCAGCAUCAGUAGCACGAUCAGCGGGUUGUCCAUCACCCCGAUUCGACAGCAUCCGGACGACGACUCGGAUUCGGACUCGGGUACGGAGAUUGACGACGACGGCCGCCUCGAGAGCCUCCUCACCAAGCUCGCACAAGUGUACCGCCAGUCCUCGCCGCUGCGACGCGCUCUCACUGCGCGUCGCAUCGAGUCCAUGCUGCCAGCCAUGGUCGACUUUGUGACGAUGACCGUGAGCUCGAGCUCUGCGGCGGUGGAAAGCCAGCGCGCCGCCGCGCUUCAGUGGCUCCAGGCGCUGGUGGAUUUAAGCAAGUCGCCCGCAACCAUCAUCACGCAGCUCAAGCUCCUCAUCGAGCAGCUCAAGGCGUCGAGCUCGGCGGACACCGCGGCGCGCACGCCGACAUCUGUGGCCGGUUCCAUCUCCCGCCCAGCGCCGCCAAGACGGUCCUCGUCCAACCUCUCCACAUCCAUGCGCUCCAAUUCCAGCGUUACCAGUAUCUCAUCGCCCCUCCGCCGUGCACCCUCGGGUGAGGGCGGUGGACCUCUGGCGCGCCUCCGCGCCCGAAACCCAACCCGAAUGCCCCUCCGUCGCACGCUUACGGGCGAGAGCAUCCUACAGGAGGAGCGGGACAAGAACGCUGCGUGGCGCAUGAUCAUCUUGUCGACUGACGCGCGGAAGCACGCGACAGAGACGCUCGAGCGUAAGGAGCACUGGCACCGUCUGAACCAGGUCGAGUGGCCUGGGCUGGUCGCCGCGCUGCGGGCGGAGAAUGGCGUGUGGGCGGAGGACGACAGGCCUGCGACCUGGCGGCUGGAUGGGAGUGAGGGCCCGUUGCGUAUGCGAAUUCGCCUUGAGCGCACGGAUGCAGUCGACGCGCCUGGCAGACAAAAGAUCCGUGCUAACCUCCGUGACGCCAUUCCCGGUACAGACGAGCUCUCAAGUGCCGUCUCGCGCAUAAACGCCGCGCCGUGGGAAGACCCGUUCAGUCUCGCGAUGGGCGAGUCGAUGGCGGAGGAGCAGCCCGCUGGUACGCCCACCAAGCCGACCGCACCGGCGGACCCGUCCCAGGCUGGCGACGACGAGAGCGACGACGACGCCUAUCAUGAGGUCGAGGACGAGUCCACCAACAAAAUGCGCCUCGUGGCAAAGGCUUUGCAGGCUGGUGAUGUCGUCGAGUCGGCGCACAACAUUGUGCGGAUUGUCGGCGUUGACGCGCUUCCUGGCCUGCUCAUUCUCGGGCGCAAGAACCUGUACCUCAUCGAUGGGCUUGUGCAGACACCAGAGGGACAGGUGAUCGAGGCGGAGCACGCACCGCGCGAUGUCCUCUCUAUCCCGAGCGGGACGUUGGCUGACUUCGAUCCGAGCGACCAGAGAUCCCACAGGUGGACAUAUUCCGACAUCGUCGAGACGAACAAGCGCGCGUUCCUGUUCCGCGACGUCGCUCUCGAGCUCUACUUUGCCGACAAGCAGAACUUCCUUGUCAUCUUUCGCGACAAGCGGGAGCGGCAGACCGUUGUGCAUAAGAUGGGGAUCAAGAGCGGCACAGCGCCGCGCGUGCUCAACUCUUUUGUUCUCGACACACUGAGUCGCGCGCUGGUGGACACGCGCGAGGUGCAGCUCGAGAGCAUGACCCGCAAAUGGCAGAGCCGCGAGAUCUCUAACUUUGCCUACCUCCAGUUGCUGAACCAACAUGCGAACCGAACGCCCAACGACGUGACGCAGUACCCCGUUUUCCCGUGGGUGCUGGCCGACUACACGUCGCAGAUCCUCGACCUGUCGAAGAAGGCGAGCUACCGCGACCUGUCGCGGCCGAUGGGUGCGCUUACUCCCGCCCGCAGGGAGGAGGCACUAGAGCGGUACCAGGUGAUGGAGGGCGUGGGCGAGAAGCCAUUCCACUACGGCACGCACUACUCGAGUUCGAUGAUUGUGUGCGGGUACAUGAUCCGCUUGAGUCCGUUCACCGAAAUAUUCCUCGCGUUACAGGGCGGUACGUUCGACCUCGCGGACCGCCUUUUCUCGUCGGUUCCGCGCGCAUGGGACUCGGCCAGCGCGACCAACCGUGGCGACGUGCGGGAGCUCAUCCCCGAGUUCUUCUACGCCCCCUCCUUCCUGACCAACCUGAACCAUCACGACUUUGGGCGCAAACAGGUAUCGGGCGACGUGGUCAACGAUGUCGCCUUGCCUCCGUGGGCGCUAAACGACCCGCUACUCUUCGUGCACAUCAACCGCGAAACGCUCGAGAGCGACUACGUCUCGCGCCACCUCCCCGAAUGGAUCGACCUGACGUUCGGACACAAGCAGGGCGACGCGGCAUCUUUCAACUGCUUCCAUCCACUUAGCUACCGCGGCGCAGUCGACCUCGACAGAAUGAAGGACGACGCCGAGCGCGCAUCCAGCACUGCCAUCAUCCACAACUUUGGCCAGACGCCACUACAGAUCUUCCGAACGCCGCACCCACACCGUUUCCUCGGCGGUAGAACUACGCUGCCCAUCGGCCAGCGGUUCGGCGUCGCUGAGCAGUGGCAGCUCCUCCUGCGCUCCGUGAUGCCUAUCAUGGACGUUGCGUCGCGCGUGCAUCACAUCCUCGAGAAUGAUCGGGGAGAUGGCCGACCUCGGGUAGAGCAGAAACACCGUCUCGCCGUGCCGGGAUAUGCGGGGUUGAGUGUACAGUUUGGCUUCGCGGACCAGAGUAUCCGGAUCUACCAUGCAGAGAUGGGUCAGAGGCUCGUGUACAUCGUCGAGGGCAUCGAUGUCACUCAUGCGGCCUUCGCAGCCCCAACCCUCCUCGUGACCGUGAGCUCGCUCGGCGUGCUCACAGCCUGGCGCCUGGCCGUGAAGGGCGGCGGUCUGCGGCGCGGAGACGCUGGCCUAACCCGCGAAGCAACGCUGCGGGGCGCGAACCGCACAGUCACCUCGCUGGCUGUGAGCACGGCCUGGUCAUUUAUCGUGACGGGUUGUGCGGACGGCACGGCGCUCGUCUGGGAUUCGAACCGGCUGAGAUACACUCGCGCUCUAAAGACGCCGCGCACCGAUCCAAUCGAGCAUAUCGGCAUCAACGAGGCGAACGGCCACAUUUGUCUCGCCUCCGCCCGCUAUCUCUACAUGUUCAGCCUGAACGGGCACCCUAUGGCCGCAACGAGCGCCGACGGUGGUCGCUUCCCCGAGAUCCGGUUCGACGACGCGCCUCCCGAAGUCCGCACGUUUACAGGGGGCAUCGCGUUCCUCCACCGUGAAUUCCUUGCUUCUGGCGACUUGCUCGUCAUUGGUGUGAAUGGCACGCUUGUGCUGUACCGCUGCAUUCCAGGGGUACGGAGAUUCGAGGACCAGGACGUCGAGCCAUGGCGUCUGGUUCGGCAGGGCGUCCUCUUCCGUUCUGACGAGCAUGGACAUGGGGACGUGACGGCGGUAAUGUUUAUUGGCGAAACGCUCUACGCCGCGUUUGAGCCGACGCCACCUGGCCGCAAGCACGCGGUGUACCAGUGGUCUCUUCCUGACGCUGGCGGCUCUCUCGUCGCGCAACGCCGUGUGCCUGAUAGUACAACGGUGUGCAUGUCCCCCAGCUGCGGACGACACUUUGGCCUGCUCGACCCGCGGCGAUGGUGCACAGGCUGUGGAGGCGCGUUCUGCGGCGCGCACGCACUGCACGUCGAGUUCUUCGAGAACCGGUACUGCGACGUCUGCCGCGGCCGGCUGGGUGAGGCGAGCGAACUCGGCCUCAUGGGCCGGAGCCGGAUGGGAAGCCGCGCAGGCUCACUCGACCCGAGCAGAGUCCAGAGCGCGGCGGGGAGCCGGCGAACAAGUGCUACCGGACCGCGGCCGAGUGUCAGUGGUCCCACUGCAAGUUCCGUGUGCUCCUCGUUGUCGUUCUCCUAUGGCGUCAUGGCUGAGCAGCUUGCGUUCGUGUGGGGUUGGUGGCAGUAG